ACACCGUGGCGUUAUGGAGGCAUCCCGGAAGACUCAGCCAUUUCCACAGUUGUUCUCCCAAACACAAAUACACACUGUUUGGCACCUUCUAGUACUUGUGUCGCUCGUUGCCGCCGACACAAUGUCAGAUAAGACUCAGCUGCCAAGCAGAGACCGCGCUCUGAAAGGAAGAGAGGAGAAAAUGGUCGUGGCAGACAAGCAUGCAGCCAAUGGGAAUCCCACUGUGGAGCCUUUUCCAGAAGGCAUGGAGACCAUCAUGUUUGGUAUGGGUUGUUUCUGGGGAGCAGAGAGACUUUUUUGGCGGAUUCCAGGGGUCUUCUCCACGCAAGUGGGCUACGCUGGCGGCUUUACACCCAACCCCACCUACCACGAGGUCUGCUCAGGUCUGACAGGUCACACUGAGGUGGUGAGGGUGGUCUUCUCUCCUAAAGAUGUCAGCCUUGAGGAACUGCUUAAACGGUUUUGGGAGAGCCACGAUCCUACACAAGGUAUGAGGCAGCAGAAUGACCAUGGUACUCAGUAUCGUUCAGCCAUUUACACGUCCAACCCCACUCAACAGGAGCUUGCAUUGAAGAGCAAAGUGGCCUUCCAGCAGGAGUUGGAUAAAAAAGGUUACGGUCCCAUCACAACACAGAUCCUGGAGGGGCAGCAGUUUUACUACGCUGAGGACUAUCACCAGCAGUAUCUCAAAAAGGUACCUAAGGGUUAUUGCGGCCUCAAAGGCACUGGUGUCUCAUGUCCCAUUGGAGCCGGAAAGGAUGAACUUUGACAAUAAUGUACAGUGAGAAAGAAAAUAAUUUACGGGUGAGGAUUUUUUUGAGGCAUUCAUCGUUCUUAAUCUUUAAUUUUUAAUACCAUGUGAAACACUGUUGGAAUGUAUGUAUUUCCAGUCUAUCUGUUAUGAUUUUUUAACUUAAGACCGUUUUAGUCAAAUCAUAAAUUCUUUACUAAGCCUCAGGGAAUUUUCUGUUUAAUGCUUCAAUAAGUUCUUGCUGUCUCUCAGUUAUAGAGAAUACAUACAGUUUACUGUCAGAUUACUUUCUUUGUGUAGCACUGUUCAAGCAAAAAGCAAUUCAAAGCGCUUUAUGUAAGGUAUAAAAAUGACAAUAGGAAAGGAACUUUUCAUUUCUAGUGCAGCAGUAGUCAGUCUCCACUGGGUGGCGACAUUUCUCAAAAAAUAGCAGCUCAGGCAGAAUUCAUGAGACAUACUGAAGCAAAGAAACCAUGUGAAAUCUUUGUCUUCCACAGCUGGUGGAUUGGAAGAAAAUCUACCAACCUCAAUGUUUUCCCAAGCCAGCAAUCUUUUCACACCCAUCUUAAAGCCAGAACACUUUAACAGAGCUCAGACUUGACUUUAAGGAGUAACAAUUCUUGAUGUUUUUAAAUGCAGAUUUAAUAUGAUCAUAUGAUUUUACUACAUAUCUUAGUAAAAGACAAACACAUGAAUUUACCCCAAUCAACCUUAAUGUCUCACCUUGGA